CUAUUGCAAUUAAACCGAACAAACCUUCGACUCAUCUCUUGAAAAUGGCGGCCGUGUUGGACGAAGUCGGCAAAUCCGCAGAAAAACUUGUAGACGAGGAGAAAGUCGAGCUCGUUGACGAAGAAGACGAGACCGGGGCAGCAGAGGCCUCGAAGAAGAAAAAAAAGAAGAAGAAGAAGAAGAAGGCCGGUGCUGGGGAAGCCAGUGCGGAUGUACCAGAGGGAGAAGAAGACAAGGUCAAAGAUGAUGAAGCAGUUGCCGAAGAGGUGAACGGGAAUUGCGAAAUUGAAGAGGUUAAAAAGAAGAAGAAGAAGCGCAAGCCCAGAGGCAAAGGUGGCAUGAAGCAGCAAACUGAUCCACCAACCGUUCCUGUGUCAGAAUUAUUUCCAGAUGGUAACUUCCCUGUAGGACAAUUAAUGGACUACCCGACUACUAGAGUAGAUGACAGAACAGCUAAGAAUCGUUUUACGAGCGAAGAGGCUCGAGCUCUCGACAAAAUGCAUAAUGAUAUCUACAAUGAAGCCAGACAAGCGGCUGAGGCACACAGACAAACCAGAAAGCAUAUCAUGAAAUGGGUGAAGUCGGGAAUGACUAUGAUAGAGAUAUGCAACGAGCUUGAAGAGACUGCCAGGAAAUUGAUUGGAGAAGAUGGUCUGAAAGCUGGAUUAGCGUUUCCGACCGGCUGCUCUCGAAAUCAUUGCGCGGCUCACUACACUCCAAACGCUGGCGACCCAACUGUCUUGCAAUAUGAUGAUGUGACAAAGAUCGACUUUGGCACACACAUCAACGGUCGCAUCAUCGACUGUGCGUUCACAUUGACGUUCAAUCCGAAGUACGACAAGUUGAUCGAGGCGGUGCGCGACGCCACGAACACUGGCAUCAAGGCUGCCGGAGUCGAUGUGCAGCUAUGUGACGUCGGUGCAGCGAUCCAAGAGGUCAUGGAAUCUUACGAGGUGGAGCUGGAUGGCAGGACGUACAAGAUAAAAUCUAUUAGAAACUUGAACGGCCAUUCUAUCGCUCCAUAUCGCAUACACGCUGGGAAAACGGUGCCAAUCGUUAGAGGCGGCGAAGCGACCAGAAUGGAGGAGAACGAGUUCUACGCGAUUGAAACCUUCGGGUCUACUGGUAAAGGAGUGGUACACGAUGAUAUGGAAUGCUCGCAUUACAUGAAGAGUUUCGACGCCGGUUUCGUGCCAUUGAGAUUGCAGAGCAGCAAGUCUCUCCUCAAUACCAUCAACAAACAUUUUGGUACCUUGGCUUUCUGUAAACGUUGGCUGGACCGUGUCGGUUGCACCAAGUAUCAGAUGGCGUUGAAAGAUCUUUGCGAGAAAGGCGCUGUAGAAGCUUAUCCACCCCUGGUGGACAUUAAGGGCUGCUAUACCGCUCAGUUCGAGCAUACCCUCGUCUUACGUCCCACGUGUAAAGAAGUUAUCUCCCGUGGAGACGAUUACUAAAUGAUCGUUUUGCAUUAUUAUCGGAAUGUGAAGGAUAUAUUUUUCAGCCCGUUCUCGAUGGUAACAUCAUUGUCGAAGUUAACAUUAUCGUUAUCCGUUCGUUCACGAUCGUUGUCUAAUCGAUGAGCGCACGGUUGCCCGCAACGCGUAAUGACUGUGUGUGUGUGUGUGUGUGUGUAUGCGUGUGUGCAGAGAGAAAAAGAGAAUAAUUCGCCAUACUUCAGCGAUGUCUAUAUGUGUCUUAAACACACUGUAUGAUUUCGCUUUCUCGACACAAUAUCACGUGAGCUGUAGAGAGACGUAGUCGAAUUCUGUACACUAUUUGGAAUUCAAGACCGAGCUGUCAUGCAUUCCGUAUUGAUCCAAGAACGUGGAAUUCGGUAUUAGCUCAUGAAAAUAGGCUGACUGUAAGAAGCGAAGUCUACCUCGACCAAUCUGAUAUUGGAGUUCUGAUAUUUUUAUUAGUUAACAAAUAUCACUGUGCGACGCAGGAUCUACGAAGAAAGAAACUAUGUUCUGUGCAUUUCACAUUCUCUGUUCACAUUUGUACGAACACGUAAUUUAAGAGAAAAGAAAGUCUCGGCAGUUUAUAUUUAUCGUUGCGUUCGCCAUAGCCUUUUUUCAUGCGUUUCGUGAGGAGUUUCUUACAGGUUCUAACGGAAAUAACGGGGAAUAACACGUAAAAAUCGCUGUUGAAUAAAAUAUAUUUAGAAUUCAGGUUGUAUAAUCAAUUCGCGACGAUCUUGGGCUAAUCCGAGUGAUCGUGCUUUUAAAUCCAUGUUAAAACGAGUGAAAAAAAAACUAACACGCAACGAACUGUACAGAAAAAAAGAAAAGCGGAAAAAAUCUCCCAUUCUGUGUAGCUUCUCUGCUGUAUUUGGUGUAUUUGCGUGCGAUUGCGGGUGUCUCCUUACGUGUUGCGGCGCGAUUCGAAUGUUCUAAUAAGACUCUCGUGAAUUGGUUGGAAAUUAAAGGUAUGACAAAUCGAA